UGAGCACAAAUUGCCUUUCUUCUGGCAAGCUGCAGACGCUUUGCACACAACCCAAGUAGAAAUAUACGCUGGGAGGCUGCAGUUUGCAUCAGCGCGAUCACGCGCUGUCUGUAUUCUGCGUAAUCACACUCUGGUUAAAACUGUGCAAUCAGGUGGAGGUGGAAAGCUUGCAAGAACUUCUUAGCAAAGUCUGCUGUGGCCAGCAAAUAGGGAAAGUGCUUUUCCUGCAGCUCUGUGCAGAGGGGAGGAUGAACGAAAUUCUUCCUGAUGGUGCUUGCUUCUCUUAACCACAGCUAGAAGUCCCUGAACUGCUUUCUGCAGAGCUGCGUCAUCUUGUUGAAAUCAUCCAAGGAUAAGAUGCAGCUUCUCUUUAGAAAGAGCUUCCUGAGAAGCGUUUAAUUUGCUAUUUCUUAAGGUCCUUCCAAAGAGGCUUGUAAGAGAAGGCUUUAAUCCAGCUUCUGGGAGAAUUAACACUGCAUGUGAAUGAGAGCAGGGGGAGGGUGAGGCUUGGUGGAUUGUUGGGGUUUAUUUCAUUAGACGUAAAGCUUAAUCUAGUUUGAACUUCAAAUCUGGUUUGUCUCUGAUAUGUGACAAUUGAUCAAAACACGGGGAGUAGUUCUUGACACUGGCAGUUCAGGUGCCAUAUGUUUCUGAAGGCUGAAAUGAAGUUGUAUAAUCGCUGGCUUUUCAAAGGGAUUUGGUAGAUAAAGUUGAAUGGAUUCUAGUGUACAUAGUGGAUGGAAAUGAACGAUUCCGUUGGUCUUGGAACUGCGUUAAUCUGUAACAGCUGUAAAAUGUUGAGUACAUCAUACGGGUGGUGAACAGAGGAGAACUUACCUUCAAGCUAGCAAGAUUAUUUUGUGGAGUGUCUCCUUGGUUCUGAUUAAAUCUGAUCUGUCAUUUAUUUUGUACUUAAAUCCUUUCACGUAAACCCGAAAUCUCAGAAAUCAUGAGUAGCUUCAGCAAUGAAGAAUUUGAAUUCACCUUUCUUGACGAAGGCUUCACUGCCAAGGAUAUCCUUGACCAAAAAAUAAAUGAAGUGUCAUCUUCUGAUGAUAAAGACGCCUUCUAUGUUGCUGAUCUUGGAGAUAUUGUAAAGAAGCACAUGCGAUGGCAUAAAGCCCUUCCUCGCGUAACCCCCUUUUAUGCCGUAAAAUGUAACGACAGCAAAGCUGUAGUGAAGACACUUGCUGUUCUUGGUGCAGGAUUUGAUUGUGCCAGUAAGACGGAAAUACAGCUGGUACAGAGCAUCGGUGUACCUCCUGAGCGAAUAAUCUAUGCAAAUCCCUGUAAACAAGUAUCUCAAAUCAAACAUGCUGCCAGCAGUGGUGUACAGAUGAUGACAUUUGAUAGUGAAGUAGAACUAAUGAAAGUUGCAAGGGCCCAUCCAAAAGCCAAGUUAGUCUUGCGUAUUACAACUGAUGACUCCAAAGCAGUUUGUCGUCUGAGUGUUAAAUUUGGAGCUACACUCAAGACGAGCAGGCUUCUUCUGGAGCGUGCGAAAGAACUUGACCUUGCCAUCAUUGGAGUUAGUUUCCAUGUUGGAAGUGGAUGUACAGACCCAGAGACCUUUGUUCAAGCCAUUUCUGAUGCCCGCUGUGUGUUUGAUAUGGGAGCUGAACUCGGCUUCAAUAUGUAUCUGCUUGAUAUUGGUGGUGGCUUCCCUGGCUCUGAAGAUGUCAAGCUUAAAUUUGAAGAGAUCACAAGUGUAAUCAAUCCAGCACUGGAUAAAUACUUUCCUUUGGAUUCUGGAAUAAAUAUUAUUGCAGAGCCAGGAAGAUACUAUGUUGCAUCAGCAUUCACGUUGGCAGUCAACAUCAUUGCAAAAAAAAUUGUAUUAAAGGAGCAAACAGGUUCUGAUGAUGAAGAUGAUGUAAAUGACAAAACUCUUAUGUACUAUGUGAAUGAUGGAGUCUAUGGAUCAUUCAACUGCAUCUUGUAUGAUCACGCACAUGUUAAACCAGUUCUGCAAAAGCGGCCUAAACCAGAUGACAGCUGCUAUUCCUGCAGCAUAUGGGGACCAACAUGUGAUGGCCUAGAUCGUAUUGUUGAGCGUUUUAAUAUGCCAGAGUUGCAAGUUGGUGACUGGAUCCUGUUUGAAAACAUGGGUGCCUAUACUGUUGCAGCAGCUUCUACUUUCAAUGGAUUCCAGAGGCCAACAAUACACUAUGUGAUGUCAAGACCAGCAUGGCAACUAAUGCAGCAGAUCAAGGAGCAAGGGUUCCUAGCUGAAGUGGAGGAGCAGGAUGUUGCUAGUCUGCCACUCUCUUGUGCCUGGGAAAGCGGAAUUGAAUAUCCAGCAACUUGUGCUUCAGCUAGUAUUAAUGUAUAGGUAAUAUUUAGUAAUUAACUGCAAGGUUAGUCAUGGAAUUUAGGGCAUUUGGGGGACCAUUAACUUAAUUCGCUAGAAUUUUUAAGUGGUUUUUUUAAAGUUUAGGUUUGGCAUAAAUGCAACAAAAAUGACUAGGAGAUGGGUCACAAUUAUCUGUGUUCCUAUGGAAACUAUUUGAAUAUUGUUUUAUAUGGAUUUUUAUUCACUUUUCAUGUAUGCUACUAAAGACUGACCCUCAACUGUCAAACAAGUAUUUGUAGCUUGUGUAUGGCAGAACGGGCUAAGCGUAGUGUUUUGUGA